AUUCUUUUUUUUUUUUUAAUUUAUAUAAAUUUUUAUCAAUGUCUCUCUUCCUAAGGUUUCUGUGUCUUUUCUUUCUUGAGUUUUGAUCAUUUUGGGUGGCAAAUGGGAAAUUGUCUCAGGAGACAUGCUCACGACCCCAACCAACCGAUUGAUGACAUUCCUCAGCGUCCCAGUGCAGGAGUUGAUGGAAUCCAAUAUUCUCGUGGCAAGAAGAAUUCUAUGUCACUUCAGAGAAACACUUCUUCAAAUACUCUGAAAGUUGUAACAAAUCAAUGCAAAAAUGAAGCAUGCCAUCACCCACUCCAGGAGAGGAAUACGCCAGUUUCCGCAUCAAGUUCACACAAAGAAAGGCACAGUCAGGCUGGAAAGGAUGGUACCCUGGUCAGCCCAAAAGAUUGGUCGGUUUCAACGGUGAAUAAGAAAGGCGAAGUUUUUUAUUCCCAUAAGCUGAACUGUUUUUGCUAUAGUGUCUUGAAGUCUGCAACCCAAAAAUUCAGUGCAAAGAAUUUAAUCGGCCAGGGAGGGUUUGGUGAUGUUUACAAGGGAUAUAUCAACCUAUGCACCAUGGACGCUGCUAAACCAAGUGAUGGUGGUAUUGCAGUUGCAGUCAAGAGACUCAGAAGCAAUAGAACACAAGGCCACAGUGAAUGGGAGAAUGAAAUGAAAUUUUUGAGCUUAUUGAACCAUCCAAACAUAGUGAAAUUAAUAGGGCACUGCUGCGAGGGUGAGCAUAGAAUGUUGGUAUACGAGUACAUGACUAGAGGAAGCUUGGAGGCUCAUCUUUUAAGAAAGAAUGAUACGGAGCUUAACUGGAAGAGACGAAUCAAUAUAGCUCUGGGGGUUGCCAGAGGUCUAGAAUAUCUUCACACUCGGGGGAAACCAGUCAUACAUCGUGAUCUCAAAGCCUCCAAUGUGCUUCUUGGCAAGGACUUCAAUGCCAAGCUCUCAGACUUUGGCCUGGCUAAGUUUGGACCACAAGAUGAUGAGACCCACAUUAUUACCAGAGUAGUUGGCACCAGAGGCUACUUCGCUCCUGAAUAUUUCGCAACGGGGCAUUUGACCCUAAAAACUGAUGUAUUCAGCUUCGGAGUUGUACUACUAGAGAUAUUAUCAGGCUGCGAAGCAAUCAAGAAACAUUCAGAUGGGGUGGCGACGGAUCUUGCACAGUGGAGUAAACCACAUCUUAGCAACAAGGUGGAACUACACCGUGUUGUUGACAAGAAACUCGGGAGCAUACCAAUGGAAGAAGCUCAGGAUUUUGCCGAAGUAAUUCUUCGAUGCCUCGGUUCCAACCCUAGGACCCGACCAACAAUGACUGAGGUUGUAGCUGAUUUGGAGAAACUACAACAAAGAAUGGAUUGCUACAAUUCAACCCAGUUGCGUUAUCUACAUACAAGAAAAUGAAUCUUUCAAUAACUUCCUUGAAGGCUUCAACAACGAUA